GAGAGGACUUGCAUCUUUUCCAAUGGAACAGGAGGGAGACAAUGAGGAACAAGCAGAAGAAGGCAGUGCAGAAGAACAAGAUGAUAAUCAAGUACCCUCAGAAGAACAAGAUGAUGGUCAAGUACCCUCAGAAGAAGAAAAAACACCUGAGGAGGUAAAAAAGACAAUCCCGGAAACCUUCUUCUAUGAGUAUGCAGAUGUGUAUUCAGGACCAUAUGCCACAGACACCACUGAGAUAUCCCUUGAACUUCUUAAUUUUAAACAUUCUUUUGGAUAUGACUGUACCAGACCUGUAAACCUGAUGAUGAUGGAUAACCACACUGUGGUGUAUAUAGCAGGCAACCAGGUGGUGUUCCAGAACCUGAAAAAUAACCAUCAGAGAUACAUCCGGAGCAGCUGUGGCAAUGGAAUUGGGUUUAUUACAGCACACCCUACUAGGGAGUACUUUGCAGUAGGAGAAAARGGAGGGAAGCCAAACCUUGUCAUCUACUCAUAUCCUUCACUGAGGCCCUACAGAAUAAUGAAAGGUGGAACAGAGACAGCCUAUGUUUUUGGYGAUUUCAACCAUGAUGGCUCUUUGCUGGCCAGUGUUGGGAGCACCCCUGACUACAUGCUGACUAUUUGGAACUGGAAACAAGAAGAGAUUCUGUUGAGGUCAAAAGCUUUUGCACAGGAUGUUUACAGGGUCAUGUUUUCUGCUGAGAAUGAAGAGCAUCUAACUUCAUCUGGUUCAGGACACAUCAAGUUCUGGAAGAUGGCUCUCACAUUAACUGGUCUCAAGUUACAAGGUGCUUUGGGCAGGUUUGGAAAAACAGCAGUGUCUGACAUUAUAGGUUUUGUGGAGCUGCCCGAUGGGAAGGUUCUCUCAGGAACUGAAUGGGGCAAUUUUCUGCUUUGGGAAGGUGGCCUCAUUAAAGUAGAGCUCUGUCAAGCUGGACAGAAGCCCUGUCACGAGGGCCCUAUCAACCAGAUAGUUCUUGAUGAAGGAGAAMUUUACUCUGUUGGAAAAGAUGGUUWCAUUCGGGUGUGGAACUUYGAGAUWAUAGAYACUGCUGAUCCUGUGGAUGAAACAGGGUUACUGGAAGUGGAGCCUAUGAGUGAACUUUGGAUUGGCAAGAAUGUCAGCCUGAAUUUCAUGACAAAAAUUGUUGACCAUGAACAGGUCUUUUGGUAUGCUCAGGAUACAAGUGGAACAAUAUGGAAACUGGAUUUGACUUUUACAAAUAUGUCCCUGGACCCAGAACGUGUGUGUACGUUCCACUCUGGGAGGAUUGAGGCCAUUGSUGUCUCUCCCUUUACAUUCCUGAUGGCCACCACAGCUCUCGACCGGUCAGUGCGUAUCUAUGACUUCUACAACAACAGCCAACUGAGUGUAAUCAAAUUUAAACAGGGAGGAACAGCGCUGACAUGGGCACCAGCUGUUGUAAGUCGUGAAGGAGGUCAAAUUGCUGUGGGGUUUGAAGAUGGUGUUGUCCGCAUAAUUGAGGUUUAUGAUCCCAAAYUACUUCCUGAUCGUGAUGAACCAGCCAAAGAGAAUGCAGAGAUAAAUCUGAAACAAGUUUUCAAACCCCAUUCUGCGGCAGUCACAGCCUUGGCAUAUGAACAAGAGGGACAUAUGUUUGCCACAGGGAGUAAAGACAAAACAGUUUUCUUUUUUGCUAUUGAGGAUGAAUACAAGCCCAUUGGAUUCAUCUAUGUCCCUGGGCCUGUACAAACAUUACAGUGGUCUCCAUCUACUCAUAAGAAGACCAUGCUGCUCAUCCUUUGUGAGAAUGGCUUUGCUGUCCAGGUUCCUGCCCCUCCCCCCAGGAAGCAGGAGGUGCCCUCCUAUGAGAUAAAAGACCUCCCAAUGCAGUACUUCCGUUUUUAUAGUAUUAAAUCCCAAAUAAAGCUGAAAGAGGAGAUUGCACUGAGAGAGAAAARAAAGCAGGAGAAGGAGAAAGCAAGGCUUGAAUGGAUAAAGCAGCAAAAGGAGYUGGGACUUGACGUGGAAGAAACUGAAGAAGAAGAACCUGAAGAAGAGCCAUUACCACCUAUCUUCGUACCAGAGAAGCCCAGUCCCAUCCUCUGUGGCUUUUAUUCAGCACCAGGAAAAUUUUGGCUUUCCUUGGGUGGGUAUGACUCGGGGUUUCUCUAUCAUUGUGAAUUCUCAAAUGGUGAUGCAAAAGACCCUGAGAAGAGGAAAGAUGAACCCUUUGAAGUGAUUCCUAUGCAGGACACGGAUUACAAUCCCAUUCACCGAAUCUGCUUCUGUACCAGGAUGCCCCUGAUGUUCUGUGGGAUGCAGGAUGGCUCACUUCGUGCUUAUCCUCUCAAUGAUAAAGAUCUCUCAGUGAAUGCCCUGAAGGAGUACUGGUACCUGAAUGUACAUGACAAUGAUUAUGGGCAGAUCCAGGGGAUCUGUUGUAGCCACAAUGAUGGGUGUCUGAUUACCUGYGGUGGAGAUGGAAACAUUUUUACAUUUGACAUCCAGUCAGAGGAACAGCUUCCCAAAGAGCUCCAAGUCACAAUCCCUCCUCCUAGGACUGGUCUUGAAAAGGAGAAGGCAAUUGAAGACAUUAAGGAUCCUGAUGCCUACACUAUUGAGCAAUUCAAGCAGAAAAAGGAGUUUGAAUUGAAAAUGAAGGAUGCUGAAGAAAAGAAAAAUAAGAAAAGAGAGGAGUUAAGUGCACUGAGACAAGACUAUGUUUUUCUCCUUCAAAAGAAUCRGGAGUUGCCCAAGCACAUGCAGUUGCACAGACAGGAGUUUGAAAUGGACCGUAGGAUCUUUGAGGAGCUGGAUAGGCAGAAACUACAGAGAAUCCAGUCAGUGCAAAAGGAGCUGGCUUGGGAGAAUGAGAAACAGUUCAUUGGACUGCAGAAACUACAAACACAGUUCCGGGACUUGCUGGAAUAUACUCUCACUGUCCAUGCUAUUCAAAGCARUCAUCAGAUUUCCACCUACAGCCUUCUAACAGUGUCUGAGAAAUAUGCCAGAGAUAAGAAACACGGGGACAGCAAGUGGGCAGAACUUAAGGACAAAUGGGCAGGUCUUAAACAGACAGAAUAUGCAGAAGAGAUGCUCAGAGAGACAAGCCCUGUGCAUAGAGGAAGUUUAGCUUUUGAGAAGGAGGCUGAAAAGCCAGAGACACCGAAGGUUCAAAAGCCAACCACGCGUUACAUAGAAAGCAAACGUGAGAAAAUCAGAAGAAUUGUUGAGAAAUAUGAUGCACUGAAAGCCAAGAUCAUGAAGAGGAGGGCAGAGUGGCAUGAAUUAUACAAGAUCAAGCCUAAGGAUAACCCUGAGAAUUCCAAAGAUGCUGAGGAGAUCAAAGAAGCACGGGACACUAUAGGAUGUUUCAAGCUGAAGUCUCUCACUAACUACGAGCUCACUGAACAUGAGCGUGUGAACACUGAAAAGAAGAUGAUGCAGCUUGCAUCCCUGGAAGAGUUGAUCCAUACGAUGAAAACAAACAUGAACAAAGAUAUUGUGUCUUUGCGGGAUCUCAAGGUUUCUAUUAUUGAUGAAAUCAARGGUUUGGUGAAGGAAUUGAAAUCCAUACAGGCAAGCUUGGAUUUAUCAGAACAUCUCCCUAUUCCCCUGAUCCCUCAGUUACAACCGGAUGAGGUUCCUGAAAAGAUAAUUGAGUACAACAGUGAUGUCCUCCUGAAAUUCAAAGAGGAGCAGGAGGCCCAGGAAAAGCUCAAGGAGCCACUGGAAGGGUGUCCCUCAUCUCGUGCAUUUAGACAUGUGUUUUUUCAAAUUCCUCCAGUGGAAGAGGCUGAGCCUGUGUCACAGGCUGGAGAUGCAUCAGCUGUGGACACGGAGGAGCAGAGGGCUUUUGAGAUAGAGAAAGUAGAGCCAACAGAAAUGGAACUGGAAAUUUUAAAGAGGGAGAAGAUAAAAAAUCUAUACUUGCAAGAGACCUUGAUUAAAAAGAUCAACACAUUGGUGAUCAACUUYGAUGCUGAACUUCGCCUUUUGCGGCACAAGAAAAUGAAGAUGGAUGCGCAGAUGAAAAGUGCUGAUCUGUGCUGCAUGACAUUCUGUGAAGAGCUGCUUAUCCUGAAGAAACUGGACGUACAUGAGAACUUUCUUGAGGAGCAAAUUUGURCCCUCAUCAAUGAACAGGAGGAUGUACAAUCAAAAUUGAAGAACUACCUUGCACAGAUGGAGGACAGAAAGUGUGAGAUUGCAACACUUCAGGAACGUGAGAAAGCUCUUUAUGCCAGCUUCCAAGCAUCCCUUGGAGAAGACAAUGAAUUUGCUGAUUUUCUGACCAACCUUUUCAACCUGGAAGUUGUGUAUGAAGAAAAUAAGAAUGAAGAGGAGGGUGAUGAUAAAGCUGACUCAAAGACUGAUGAAGAAAAUGGUGAACCUGAAGAAUUAGUCUAUGGUGAUAUUGUUUGCCCAGAAGACUGCAGCAGGAAUCUCUUCCUGAAUACCAUCCAYCUCCAGCAACAGMGGAUAGGCGUUGAGAAAGCUUUAGAAGAAGAGAAGAAAGUUGCUGCUGACCUCAAAAAGCAUUGUAAUGCCUUUGCCAAAAAGGCAAAAGAAGUAGAAACCAACCUGGACACAAAAAACAAGGAACUGGAGGCCUUUCAGUGGGAAAAGCGGCGGAGACUGAAUGAGCUGGAUGUAGYUGUACCUUUGAAACUCCAUCAGAUGCAGUAUUUGGUUGAUGGGGAGAUGCCCCGUGACUUCUCCCAGGCUUUGGUAUUUACAAACCAAUCCUUGGAGUACCUGAGGAAGAGAAUUGUGGACCUGCGGAAUGAAAGGAUAAUGCAGAGAGACCUCCACAGGAAGGCCCGGGAGCAACAUAAGCAGCUUCUCCAGGACAAAAAGGACAUGGAGGAGGAGAUUCAACGACUGGAAGAGAGGUGCAAUAAUCUGAUGAUGGAGAAGUUUGGUCGGCUGGUUGAUUUUGAAGCAGUUCAAGCACACUGUGUUAACAUACCUGUGGAGGAGAUGAAAGUGAGAAUAAUGCAGAAAGAAUAUGAGCAUUUUAUGGAGCUCAAACAAUGGGAGGAAAGAAUCGUAGUCCUGCAGCAUCAACUGACAAAGCUGACAAGGGAAAACACCAGCAAGCUGCACCAGAUGAACAAGUUUUGCCUUGAAAAGCAUCAGCUUGAAACUGAGCUGGAAUCACUGACAACUGAGCAGGCCAUAGAAUUUCAGGGCACUCAAGCUAAAGACAUGAAAGAGAGAGCCAAGCUGGAGUCAAGGCUCAUGCACACAGCUUGUGACGUGGCCUUUCUGAGACAGAGAGUCAGCUGGGGCAGAACAGAUGUGUGGGAAAAGAAGAACUCAUUUUCUUUAGCAGAAAAGGUGGGUGCCUCUUUCUACAACCGUUAGCACAGGACUGAGCCUCCAAACCACCCUUAAAAUUAACUGUGGCAGCAGUUAUGCCUGGCAGUGCAAAAUUAACUAGUUUGGCUAUACAGAGGUUUAGUUGUAAAGGGUUAUAUUUGCUUUUUCUAUCAAARUAUGACUGUAGCAACAGAUAUGGAAUUUAAAAAUGCAAAUA